CUGUGCUCUUAGACUUAGCCCCAUACCUCAUGCAUCUUUUCUUCUACAAGACCUUUCUGCCCAGCAUCAUAUUCACACAUAGAAUAUCGUUAUACGCCCAUGCGAAGAACCAUUACCCUCCACAGACCUAACCUACACCAAAAAAGAAUCUUUUCCUGCCAGGAAUUUCAACUCAUACCCUCCCUCUGCAAAAAUUUUCAUAUCAAUCCAUAUCCACAAUACCAUACUCAUAAACACACUAAAUUCCAUAAAUUAUAUCACCGCCAAGCACACCGACAUCCAAAAUGACCAUAUUCCCUCGCCAACUCGUCUCACACCCAGACUUCCUAUCAAUCAGUUCAACUUCAAUUCGACCGCCUCAAGAACUG